CGUACACUCUCGGGUGGGCGGAUCGUAGCGGUGACAGCGACGCUCGGAGACUCUGGACAAACUGUCAAAAAGGAGACAACUAACGCCAUGGCAGAGUUAGACCUGAGUCUGAGCGAUGCGCUGACGGACAGCGUUCCCCAGCCCGGCCCGGAGAACAUGGUGCACAGGGACUUUGUGGCUGAGCUGGAGGCGGAGCACUUUGACGAUAAGGUCGGAGAGACGGUGGGAAAGACGGACUACAUCCCGCUGCUGGACAACGAUGACGCCAGGGCAGACGCGGGUACUGCAAUGGAGAAUGGAAAGCAGGAAGCUCGUGGGGUGCAGAAGCCUGAGGACUAGAACCCGCCUCCAUCGCCAUGCUGACUGUCAGCCCGCUGUGCUUCUGCUUCUGUGCACCUCCUCCCUUCUCCCCGUACAACACACACACACACACACACA